AUGCAAGUAGAAAUCCAAACAUUACUGUCGUCACUGGAAUUCUUCCAAGAGGAAGAUGUAUUUCCAAGAGACGCGAUCCACCCUUUUGCCACCUCUACUCCCAAAGCAUGCACAUCGUUACAAGAGCUACUCAACGUCACUGAACAGGUGUCCCAUUCACUGCAGGCCUAUGGGAGCUCCACUCAAUGGUCGAAUGCGAAAUUAACUUCUCUGCUGCGCCAGCAUACAUCUAUUGAACAUACAUCCUACUCUUCAGCGAGGAAUGUCCGGCAUCUCAUUGACUCGCUUUCCAAACGUCCAGACGUACUUUACGGCGAAAAUGUCCCACUACUUGAAGCCUCUUUUCCCCAGUGGUGCAUCGAGCAGCUUGCUAUCUGGGGUAAGGCCAUUGGAAUGGAAACAUUCACUGAAAACAAGGAAGGAGGUUAUACUGUUAUGCUGGCAGGAAAAGUGCUGCUCAUCGAUGUCGACUUUUCGAUCAAGCACGAAAAUCCGUUCAAGCCAAUUAUCACAGUCGCAGGGGUCAAAACAUCGAAUGCGCUUCUUGCUGGCAGUCCGAACACUAUCACGUUCACAAUGCUCGACACUUUUCUAACAGACAGCAUCGAGAAGUACUGCGUAGAAAUGCAGAAAAGUGAAACCACUAGGAACACAUUGUACGCUGCCACCCUUCGAAGGAGUGUGUUGAACAACCUUAGGUAUCUUGUGUUGUUGGACCGAUUGGCUAGUCGGAACGACGGGGGUGUUCGUUGGUUUACCGACAUGGACGAGCUUUGUCCCACCCUGUUCAGCGUAGCUACCACCGAAGCCGAAGCCAUCUCAGCGUCGUUAUCAAUGCCCAAAGCCCCUCUGGACAUUUUCCUCAUCCGUUCUCAUUCAUUACCCCUUCCGUAUCUCACUAUGCCCUCUAUCUCUUUCUUAACGUAUCUAUCUCCCGCGGCCUAUCUCUCUCUCAUCCGCAAAGCAUCAAACCAGCCUGAUCCCUUAAAUUAUCCUCCUCUUGAUGUCAGCCUUUCUGAUAUCAAGUCUCAUCUCGAUGUUUUUGGAAAAGGUGUCACAAUAGCCACAUUGUAUCUCGAACAACUGUCAGAUGCCCACCUGUACUCCCAGUCAAUACUUAUGUUGGAUAUGACGAUUAGGCCCACCUUUCCACUUUCUCCAACCUCUGUCCAACUGGAUCACGCUUUUGUACAGGUUGAUCACUUCAAUGCUGGUGUCGAGUCUCAAGAAAACAGCCAAGCAUCUGGACCAUAUUCGUGGGUGCUGGACUUUACGGAACGCGGCAAGCGACCAGGGGUUGUAAUGAGUCAAUCAAGAUUAAGAGCAAUUGAGCUAGUGGUCAAUCCGAUGAGGGGGUCAGAUGGUAUAAAUAAUGUAAAUGUUAUGCUAUCGUUUGGUACAGGAAGUUGGAUUGACAUUCUGGUAUGUCGUUCGUUUCAUAUGAAAGAGUCGACUGAAGAUAAGAUGAAACGCGUAAUACAGCUUAACACUGGAACUCAUGUAUCCCCAGAACGAUACACUGCGUCAUUCAAAUCUCCAAAUAAUUUGCAUCCACCUCUUCAACUUCGGCUCACUGCACCUGAAGAACCUGGAUUCAUUCUCGAACGUAUACUGGUUGUGAGAGAACAAUGUUGGCUUAAUGAAGUUCUUUUGGGUUGUCAUUGGAUGCCGGAAGGGUUAAAGUCUGAGGAAGAAGAUGUUGUCGAUUCAUCUACAGCAACGGAGGAGGAGCUGGAAGCUGUCCUAUCAGGAACAAAUAUGCCUCACAAAAUUCCCGUCAAUGUAUUCUUACCGACCGGGAUGCCGGCCACUGAUAAUCUAUUUGGACCUGCAGAGCUCAGUUUUGCACCUGUAUCGGGUCCCAAGAUUUUGAUGACUUCUCCAGGGAGGCUCCCAAUUUCCGGUUUGGUGGAAAUAACCGUAGCGCAGGAUGAGACCAAACCUCGCGGCGUAUCAGUAGAGGUUCAGGGUGCGAUGGGCUCUGAUAUAAAGAUCAGUGAUUUAGAAGAAGUCUGUCGUCGUGGAGGUACUUUGGGUCUAUCCGGGAGGGUAUGGGCAAGUAGCCACGGCAUGUCUUCAUAA